AUGAGUAGAGCUCUUUUACGAGGGGCUGUAUGCCAAUCAUGCCGCCACGAGGUGCUACGGUCUUUUGUCUCCGUCUCCGGCGUUAGACUGCCGCGAUACUCUCUUCCUCUUCGUUCGAUCCCUAACCCUAAAGCUUUCUCCGCGCUAAGCUCACUGCGAUCCGAUCGUCCUCCAACUGCGCAUCAGCUUGAUGCCCAUCUAGCUGAAUCAGAAGAAACACCGGCCCCGACCGAAAGCAGUGCGCCGGCCUCAUCACAGCAUGUUCCUUGGUAUCUGCAGGAGGAGACGCCGGUCGAGGACCGUCCGUUGGCCGAAGCCCAUCUUCCCGAUAUCCCAGAAGACUCCCCAGAGAUGCUGUCCACUCUUUUGGAAUAUACCUACAAAGACCUUGGUCUCGAUGGUCUCAAGCUAUAUGACCUACGCGGCCUCGAAAUUCCCGCGGCCCUCGGUGCCAAUGUGAUCAUGAUAGUUGGAACUGCUCGUAGUGUGAAGCACUUGAAUGUUUCUGCUGAUCGCCUCUGCCGCUGGCUACGAAGCCAAUACAAACUGUCCCCAUACGCUGAUGGAUUGCUUGGACGCAACGAGCUGAAGAUCAAACUCCGCCGCAAAGCCAAACGAGCGCGCGCUGCCGCCGCCGCAGGCGCAAUGAUCGACGAAAAGGACGAUGGGAUCACCACCGGUUGGAUCUGUGUUAACGCCGGAGUGGUAGACAAAGAUUCUAUCUCUAAGACACAGCUUAGCGAUGCUGGCUUUGAAGGAUUUGGCAGUAUCGAGCUUGGGACCAACGUAGUUGUCCAGAUCUUCACGGAGGAGAAGCGUGCCGAUGUUGAUCUAGAUGGUCUCUGGGAAGCUACUUUGGCCCGCGAAGUUCGAAAGAACGUUCAAGUGAACAAUUCUUCCAAGCCUAGCUCUGCACUUCCCCGGUCCAUGUCCGAUGGUUUCGGAUCCUCUCCCAACCAAAAAAGAAGCUUUCAUACCAUGCGACGACUGAGAUUUCCCGAAAUGAGCUCUAUUGAGUCUGACCUAGGAGCUGCUUUUCCAAUCAUGGGAGCUUCACCAACCGCCCGCAAUGCAGAAGCUGUUGCAUCCCAAAUGACACCGGCGUCUUUGCUCCAGACCCUCAGCGAGCUCCCAGCUGAAAAUGCUCGAAGCGAGCUUGGAAGUGGCCCAGGCGAUCACACUUCCACCCUUUUUCUAAGGCUGUUUUAUAACAAUCACGCUUCCAAAAGCUCCGCCCAGGAGAAGGCUAUCCUUCGAUUAAAGUUGCUGUCAAUUGCAGUGUCUCGACAGCACCCGGCUUACAGUAAAGAUUCCCUGUUCAGUGCCUUUUCUGAUUUUCUUCAGAAUGGCCAUGAUCUGCCGGACGACAUUGGAUUUGAUGUGGUCUCUGCCUUACUGGCCCCGAAACCACUCGGUACGAGCCCCGGGGAACUUGCAUCUGAUCUUCCCGAGAGUGAUAUGGAGCUUGCCUUGAAUGUACUGGAUCGUCUCAGCCUACGCGGCGUUCCGAUCCUUAACAUGAGAAUGUUCAACAUCCUCUACCAGACGGUCGUCACACCAAGUGUAUUGCCUGAGGAAGGAGCUUCACAGCCAUCGUCUACUACUCAGCGGACUGAGUCCCAGGAACGAAUUCUGUCUCGGUUGACCAAGAUUGUCGCGGCCGCCAAUGUUCCAUUCGAUGCAAGCGAAGCUCGCAAGCUCAUGGUCACGCUUUUCAAAUGCGGAGACCACGAUGGUUUCUGGCGAUUGUGGAACCAGUUUCCCCUGAAAAACCUCAGUCGUACACAAGACGAUUACGUUCAGCUGUUCCAGCUGCACGCCGACCUGGGCGAUGAACGACGAGCCCGCAUGUGCCUCUCUCUUGCCAUCCCGCUGCUGACCGAGGAAUCUCCUGCCAUCGAACUUCAAGGCCUAAUUGUUCCCGCCAUCAUGCAUUGCAUCUUGGUCGCCGACCCAGUGAUUCACGAGCGUGAGCAUGAAGAUGGGCCUCAGAGUUUCUAUAUGCCCCUAUGGACUAAUUGUCAAGAGGCCCUUGCCCUCGAAGCCUGA